AAUAAUGAAACCGUUAUGACAUAUGCCCCGCCGGACGAUGGGGCUAAGGCGGAGGUGGUGCCUGUAGAGGAAGGGGCGAUUGCAGAAACAGCACCAACGGUAGAGGAAGUAAGAUUGGAAAAAGAAGAGGCGAACGUGCUGCUGAAGGUAAUGGAGGAGGAGAAGGAGGAGGAAGAGGAGGAGGAGAGGGAAGCUGAAGUGACUUUUAUUUUUCUACGAAUUGCGAAAAGAAAUGCAUCAUCGUCCCCUAAUUCGGUGUUUGCACAGGCUCAUAGCCUCCUCACCUCCUUAGAAUCACUGCCGGAAAUCCCGCUUGCUUCCAGAAAACUGGUUACCGACUAG